CGCGUAGCCAACUUGAUGACGUCAUGUGGCUGGUUCUUUCUAAGGAUUACACGCUACAAAUGCUUGUAGUGCAGUAUUCCAAAUUUCUUCGAUUUCCUUGCUCUCAGCCGUUGUAUUUUACCGUCGGGGAUCUAAAUCUGUUGCAAUAUUAGAGAAGAACCAUGCAGAUAACGUUUAAAACUCUCCAACAACAAACUUUCAAGCUUGAAAUAGACGAGUCUGCAACGGUACGUUUGACAACCUGAUCGAUCACGAGCAGGUCUCGGUCUUUUAUUCAAUUUUCAGACAUUUACAUCGAUUAUAGCAUUUUUCUAUCUUUUCUCGUUAUUUUUGUUUGUAGUGUUUGCUAUGUCUACUGUGUUUCUAUUAUCCUAUCUUCCAGUGCAUUUGGUUACUUGAAGAGUAAAUUGCUUUUUCAAAUAUCGAUAUAAGCUCUCGACAUAUUUCUUAACCACUUACUCAAAGUGUCGACUUUUUUUCUAGACCAAGUACAAUUUAAGUUGAGCAUUAAGAGCUCCUGCUUUAGAAGUAGGCUUUUGUCUCUAUAACACGUGUGACUGAGCAAUCGAUAGUAUUUGUUUACUGAAAAUUCUUUCACCUUUCAUUAUACAAGUCGCAAUGGUAUGAAAUCAAAGAAUUUUUAACUUCCUGCCAGAAAUGAAUGGGAACUGGCCGGCAGGCUAUGGAUUAGAUAUUUCAACUUAUAAAUUUUACAUUUUCCUAUGGAUUACAUCUAUUUGCAUUUCUCUCUUGUUUCAUGCCCUUGUAAUCACUUAAUUAUCACCGAAAUACAUGAACUUUGUAAAAUAGUCGGGUUAAUUUUUUUGGAAACUUGUGUGUUAGGUUGACUAAUUUUUUUGAUCAUGUAAUGUGAAAAGAGUGUUGAAAAUGAGUAAGUAAAGAUCAUUAACCUGACAAUCUUUUGAUUGCCUGCCAUGACAAUAACAUAUGUUGGAAUCUUCACCAUCUGUCCUUCUGUAAUAAUUGUGGGGAAUAUUCAGUAGAACUGUCAGGCAUGUGAAAACACACCUAACUUUGAUUGCAAUUUUUGAAGUUCACUCUAGUUUUCAGCAUGUUCUUAAUGUAAGCACAUAUCAUUGAACACCUGGAAAGUAAUUGAAUCAUACAGUAGUGUUAUCCAAGCCUUGAAAGUCGUGAGAGUUGGGUAUGAACUGCUUCCUGUGUAAGUUCACACGUGGAAGUCUUUUGAACAAUACUUUAAUACAAUUUUUUUUUAAUCUCUCAGACCACACUUUGUAUGUGCAACAAGAUCAAAUGUACAGCUAGAUGUAUGAGAAUUUAAAAGAAUUAUUCAGAUUAAUUCCUCCGAGAACAUUGUGCCCCUCUAGGAAAUAUUUUCUUGAAAUACUAAGUUGUAAUCUUAAGAUGUACAGUCAUAGGCUUUUUCAUUUACUGCACCAGUAUUAAUACAUUAUUUGCCCCUGGGAGGUUCAUAUUGGAAAAAAACUGUGCCCAAGGUACAAAGUCCCACCCAAGGCUAUAGGCUGAGAGUGGUACUCAAGACAAAGGUCACAGUUUUUCCCAAUAUGGACUAACCUAGGCUUAAAACAUAGGAAAUGCAAAUUUAAGAGAGAGCAAGAGGUAUGCUUUAAUUAUUCUUUGGAGUUGGUCUGUCUUGAGUACCACCCUCGCCCUAGGGCCUCAGGCAGUACUCAAGACCUUGGGCACAGUUUUUCCCAAUACAGACAAAUCUACAUGUAGGCUUAAAACACAGGUAAUGCAAAUUAAAGAGAGAGGCUUCACUGAAAUAUUUUUAUUUGUGUAACAAUAAAUGCGAUUUAAAAGGCUUCCAAACAAACUUUGAAACAUUUUUUUUACAAGUAUCUGUCACAAUCAGACAACUGUCAAUUAGAGAGUGCUUAAGAAAAAAAAGUGCAUGUACACUAUUGAAAAAAAAAUGUUACUGGUUUGGCCAACAAACUAAAGUUCAAUGACUGUCAAACAAUUUUUUCCUCAACAACGUUUAAUGAUCUUACGGUAAGAAUUAGUUACUUCCAUCAAUGAUUAAUGUAUGAAGGAUACCUCUGCUCAGUCAGGAAAUGGCAAGGAAAGUAUUUGUGUGUAAAUUCAAUGAUAGGUUUUGAAGCUGUGUAAGCUUGCUCGUUUGUGUGUUGUUAUGGCAUAUGCAAAUUUUUCCACCAAAAAACUAAAGUAAAAUGAGACACGUUCAUUAGGCCCAAGGAGAAUUUAAUGCAGCUUUUUCUCAUUGAAUUCCUUUGGUUCUUGCUAUGCAAUUUAAGUUACAAAUUUAUUUCCUUAACAAUUUUUGCUGACAAUCAAAGUGAUUUAAGAGAGAGCAAAGAGAAGAUUGAUAAGUUAUAAUUUUGCUUGAUUUGCUUAGAAGUACUUUGCUUGAAAGUGCUGGCCAGUUGGCAAAACAAAGUGUAUUUAUGAAAAAUGGCAAAGAAGCUAGUGAUGCUCUUAGCAACUCACAAAAGCAUUGCUGUGCCCAUGAGCAGAGAUAGGAAAAUCUGGAUGGCACUACAAUUCAAUCAGAUUUCAGGAUUUGUUACUGUGCCCUCUGUGCCCUCUGAGAAUUUUCUUCAAUAGGAUAUGGAGAGGUACAACUUGUUGACCACUUUUAAAUCUAAGCUGAAGUCACUUCUUUUUGAGAGAACUUCUAGUUGAUAUACAUUGGUUUAAUAGAUGUAUAUAAUUUAAAUAAUGUGUUUUAGGCCUUUCUUUUUUAGAUGCAUUUGUUAUUUCAUUAUUUAACUUUCAGUAUUAUAGAGUGCUGUUGGAUACUUUGUAGAAAUGGCCCCAUAUAAAUCUUUUAUAUUAUUUAUUCAAGCCUGUAGUAGAACAUGGGUUUAAAAAAGGCUUGCCAUUAAAAUUUUUUGCUGUGAAACAUAUUUGAAUUUCAAAAGAAGAAUUUAUUUUGGUUACUGUCCUUUCUAGAAUCUGCUAGUACUUUCCUAUGGGUUCAAUGGAUAUUUUUUUUUCUGUCAACCAAAGCUUUCAAUAUGUAAGAAUUCUAUCAGUUGUUUCUAACAAGAGCUGCAGUCUUCUUAGAGCUACCAAAGGUGGCUGCUCUAUUGAGAUGUUGAUCUGAUUCUUUGUCAAAAAAUGGUCCAUCCUUUCACUACCAAGCUCUUGUUAUUAAUUCUCCUUUCUACUAUAAAAUUAUUAUGAUGUUAGUUCUGAGAAUCUGGCAUUGGAUGCUCUAAUAAUCCAGUAAUUUAUAUUUUUCUCAAUCUCAUCACUUUUCUGCUUGAUAUUGGAUAUUGUAUUGAUAUUGUAAGGAGAAACUCUCUCCUGGUCACUUGUGAGAGUUAACUGGUUUAGAGACCACCCUCCUCCCACGUAUUUCAGUAGUCCUGUGCAACACUUAUAAUAAGGCAUUUGUACUCCACAGUUUAUGCUAUAGUCAACUUCUACGUUGUUGUCAUGUGGAAAUUUAUCUAACAACCUUGUUGCUUUCAGGUGGCGGAUCUCAAAAACCAACUGGAAACUGAGAAAGGAAAGGAAGCUUAUCCCAAGGCUAGCAUCAGACUUAUAUAUGCUGGUAAAUAAUUCUGUAUAUUAUUAUUAUGACUGCUAGUUGAUUCUCAAAAAAAUCAUAAGACUUGGCAGUUGAAAAUCAUGAUAAAUAUCAAGUGGUCAACUUAUAUCAGUUGAUAACUCUUUCAUGUGGGUGAUUGAUAUUGUUGGUAUCAUCCAAUUACAUUAAACUGAUAACUUCUUGCUAACCAAGCACAAGGGCUGUACUGAGGAAUAUUGGCCCAAGUUAGUGACAGUACAGGCUGAACAUAGUAAGGUCGGUAUUAAAAAAAACUCACUUGGACCACUUCUUUAUAUUGAAUUUGCUAGCUGUUGUAAAAUCCGGAAUACACAGCAUAUAACAGUUUUCAUGGAAAUGGUCUGCAUGGCAAAAUACCAACCAGGACUAUCUUUCCUUGAUCCCCUUCAGCAGAAACUUAUCAGCCUGUGUGUUUAAACUUAAUUGUUUUUUUCAUUGAAAUAUCUUUUUUUUUCAGGGAAAAUAUUAAAUGAUGACCAGCCAGUAUCAGAGUACAAAAUUGAUGAAAAGGGUUUUGUUGUCGUUAUGGUAACAAAGGUGAGCACCAGUCUCUUCUCUAAAACAUCCAAAAGGUGCUGUUUCAGGGGUUUCAAAACAAGCUGGUGACAGCUGGGAGUUCAGCUGGCAACUUGAGGACAUGUCAUUGUCUUUCUGGUCAAAAUAAUUAACUUUUGGAUGUAAAUUACCGUAUUCAUCUGUGUAUAAGUCAACCUUCUAUGACUGAAAAAUCAGCCCAAAAAAUCACCCUUGACUUAUACACGACCUGACCCAAGCAACCCAAGAAAUUAGCAUAACAAUUGCCUGAAGUCCAUUAGUAAAACCUAGUUUACAAAACCAGUUCUAAUUGUUUUUGAGUUUUGUCAAUUUUCAGUGCAUCCUUCAUCAACAAAAAAGUUUGAAGUAAUAAAUUUCAUGUGGCUUAAACAGAAACCUACUGGAGCUGAUUUCUAUUGUAUCUUCUGAUCUGUAGAGCAGACAUUUUUUGUUACAGCUUGGCUGCUGUUUACAGUACUAAACUCUCGUUUUCAUUGAAUGAUUGCAGCAGCUUAGUGACCUGGCAAAUGCUGUUUUCUCAUACGGUCUUGUUUGUUACGCACAUGGACCAAUUAUGUUAUUGUAACCAAAGGCUUGUAAGGCUUGUUGCGCGAAUAUUGUUUUCUUUAGCAACCAGAAAAGGACCAAUGAGAUUGUAAGUACAGGUUAUCUUAGUUACCAGUGCUCCUCAAAUUUGUAGUUUCCAAGAUGGCGGUGUUUUCAUCAAGUGAUCCUUUGAAGCUCUUCGGUGUUCCUUCGGUCUACUAAAUCUCCUUUCAAAACGUUAUUCAAAUGCAUGAAGAUUUCAUUUUCAAAGCGAUUUACAAAAUUUGGUAAAUUACUUCUCCAGUAAAUCGAGGUGCUCGUGUAUGCUUAAAUCAUGAAUUGUGGUGAUAUAAACAAGUUCUACGAAACUUCACAGUACACAGUUACAUUUUGCUCUGCAGUUUUUUUAAAUUCACCGUGUUUUCAAUACAUUCUUAGAAAUAAGAGAUCAAACAUUUGGGAACUUUCUAUCGGUCUGAAUUUUUCUUUAACUAGAAAUGAUGAAAAAUCUGAUUUUUGACGUUGAAAAUGGGGGGUCGACUUAUACAUGGGUUUGGCUUAUACACGGAUAAAUGCAGUAAUGAACUUUUCACAGACACCUACUUGUGCAGAGUCUGACGCCUACUUCAAAUCAUUUUGAAACCCCUGCACAUGUAUAUUGUGUUCACAGAGUUUUUGUAUGUAAUUGAAAUUGUGUUGAAAGAAAAUGGGUCAUUUUAGUUAUAUGUAAUGUGCUAUAUAUGUAUGUUGUAUUACUCAACAUGCUUUGAUAAGACAUUGUAAAUGUAGUUAUACUUUCAUUUGUGCCUGUAUUGCUGGUGAAACUAUUAGAUAUAUUAUAUAUUUGUUUAAUCCCUGAUAUAAUUAUUUUUUUACCUGCUAUUGCAGUAAUUAAUUACUUUGAUACUCACUCUUAGGGUUUAAAGAGUUAGUGGGCUUUUUGCUUUAGAGGCCCCCUCAAAACAAGAUCAGUAGCACGCUUGUCACGUAUAAAUUGAAAAAUCACGGAUUUGCUUGAAUCUUUUAAGAAUUCCUCGGCAGACAAUGAUCAGAUCUGCUUGAGACUUUCCACAAUUGUUACAAAUGUGUUAAAGAUGGUUUUGGACUAAACAGAGGUAGAAUAAAGGAUCUCUGAAAAUAUUGAAUCGGAGCUGAAUUGUAAAGUUAGCGACAAAAACAUGGUGUCACGUAACAUGCGUCGGCUUCACUAUUCACUGUUUUCCUGUUUUUGCCCACUGAAGCCUCGCUUAUAACCGUAAGACUUAACAGAUAAUGAAAAUAGUUCCUUUUUAAGCAAAGUGGCAACCAAAAUCCUGAAAAUUUGAGCUAAAUCUUUCUUAAAAUCAACGAAAGUGUUCACCACUUGACGCGUCACGCUUUAAAGCUUAGGAGAGACAGAUAAUUUUAAAUUUAUUUUGCGAGUCAUAAUUCCUGAGUUACAGAACAAUUUAACCUCAAAAUGCAAUGCUCAUAAGUUGAUUUUCAAUUUCUUUUCAUUUUUUGGUGUUUUUGUCGAAACAUUGUUGAGAUAUGAAUUUGUUUCUGCGUCCGAAACAGUUGGCGAGCGCUGUGAUCUGCCGCGCGAUAGAACCAGUCAAUGAAUUUCCUAAUCGCAUUGUUUGCGACAAGUAUACACUGGAGCAUGUCAACUUUGACAUAAACAAAAUGCUCAAAUGACAAGCUAAAUUUUGGUACCAAACUUGAUCAAAUCUGUUAAAAGCUGACAUAAAUAUUAGCAUUUAAGUUCAUCUGAAACAUUAGGUCUACAACUUUGAUCCUCAGGAACAUACGCGAUCAAAUUUAUAGCUAAAACAAGCGCGAUGCGUUUGUCAUUUUGAUGGCUUCCAUUACUUCCAAAUCAUCCCAAAGUCUACUUAAUCAAUAAGGACUGUUUUAGAUUUCCUUAUUAAGAAGUAAAAUAUUACAUCAGAUGAGGAAAUGAGCGGGAAACUUCCUAAGUACAUACCGCAUGUUUCAAGCAUGCAGUCAUGUGCUGUUUGUUCACAAGCACAAGGCCGUGAAAUUAAAUGCAAAGAUUAAGGAUUCUAGAGUUUCUAGGAUUCAGAUGUGGCGAGGAAAAAACCAUAUUCCUUGAAACACGGUAUUAAUGCAUUUUUUACAAAAAAAAAACAAACAAAAAAAAGAGCUAGGCCGCAUUGCAUCAUGGGUAAUAGAAAUUUUGCUUGAAAUGCGUCUGAAUCGACCAAAAUGACAUAAUUUCAAGAUAGGAACCAAUUUCCUUCACUUUCUGACUUAAUUCUAAUAAGAAUUGAUUCUUUAAUCAAUUUUUCAAUUUACCCCAAUGUUACGCUUUUGUACAUCAGAACUGUGCUACUGAUCACAAGCUAUUCAGCCAUAGUGCAAAAUUAUGAAAAAUGCAAAUGGCUGAAAAGUUUUUGAGAGAGUGCUUAGAUAUGGCACAUGUAGUGAGUAAGUCAGACAAACAGAUUCUGUUCCACAUCAUAUUUUAGCCAAAGGCUGCACCUGCUCCAGCUCCAAGCCAACCUGUAACAACACCUCAGGUAGGAUUUUGUUCUCUCCCAGGAAUUGCCUCUUUUCAAGAGUUUUAUGUACCAAGAAGUACUUGUCCCCUGCUUGAAGUUCAAUGUUUUCUUUGUGCCAGUUUGGCAACCUUAAGUUAUUGAUAGAGAUGGAAUAUUGUUCACCGAAAAAGGAGAAAACGAUAGUUUUUGUAUUGUUACUUAAUGGGCCACAAUGCAGACUCUACAACUUGUCCUCAAAAUAGUUGACAAAAUGACUGCCUAGCUGUUCUACAACAAUGUACAUGUAAAUCAAAUAUUAAAAAGCAUACUACUUUGCUAAUUAAGGUGAUAAUGCCAACUUAGACAUAGGAACUGAAUGGAGUGUAGAGGAUAUUUUUCUAUAAAUGUUUAACUCACCACAAAAUCCAGAAAGGCCUUGAUAAAUAACCAGUGUUAUUGUACAGCUUGAAACAUGACCACCCUAACAAAUUAGCGAUUGGUUUUUACAGCAAUAUAAGGGCCAAAUUUUUUUCUGCAUGGCAUGGCAAUGAGAAGCAUUGCCACUGGGAGUGUUUAGUGACUUUAUUUGUGCUUGGGUGUUUUCUUAGCAAGUAUAGCUCUUGAUUUAUCCAGAUAUGAAUAUGUACUUUAUUCUAGGUUUAGUUUCCCUUUGCAUUGAAUUUGUAAUCAUUGUCUGCCUGAUACCUUGAUGAAGAAGCAUCUUUCCUUGUUAUUGCAAAGUUCAAAAGCUUUUUGUCUGAUAUUUAUUUGCGUUUAUGACCUUGAUAGCCCACUGCUGCAACAGUCACAGAAAGUACAGCAAGGCCUGCAGAUGAGUCUAAGCCUGAAAGGUGAGGGUAUCUUUCUUUGGGUGCGUCGUGCCUUGCAGUUUGUACUGAAGUACUGAAAUUUUAUUGAAUUAUAAUAUUUAUUGACAUUGUAGUAAUUUGUAAGCUGUGUUUGUCAAUAUGGUUAGAUUUAUUGUUCUUGCCUGUUUUGUCCAGGGACUCUAUGCAUUUUGAGUUGGCUGUCAAACUUGAGACGAUACAUGCCAGCUGUUGUAUCAGUUUAUUUUAAGGGGAGGGAUUAGGUGGGUUCCCAGGUGGCCACGAUACACUUCUGUUGAACUACUCCAAACACAUCCAUCUAGACUGUCAUGCUCUAUGGUCAGCACACUCACCUUGUUAAUUCUUCUUUAUUGUUGUUGUGUGUAAAAUGUCUUUCUCUGACCCUUUUUUUUUGUGAUGGAACUCUAUUUAGCUCUGAUGCUGAUAAACCCAAAGUUACAGAUGAGCCUGAAUCAACAACAAGUCCAGCUGUUUCUACUGCUGCUCCAUCAUCUAGCUCGGAUCAAGUUUUGUCCACCGCUGAAUCAACUCUUGGUACGCCAGUUAGAAAGAGGAUCAAAUGUAUAACUAGGAUUUAAGAUGAAAUUCCCUUGCACCUCAGUUCUUUGACUGUAAAACUUAAAUCUCAGUUCUCAAAAUUUGAGUUUGAAGGGCCAGUCACUAAUUUUAGAACACCAACACCUGUAAUUUAAAAGUUUGUUGCUUUUCAAAUCUUGGUCAAAGUUAUAAUUCAUGAAAGCAGCCAGUACUUCAAAAAGAUGUAUCAUGAAAUUAAUUAUUUUAUUAUUUAGAACUUAUGUCCAUUUGUAUUUGAUUUGGGACUAUUGAAAUGUAUGGCUAAUAGUGGAAGCAUGAAGCUGAAUGGAUUAAUUCAUAGCGAUUGAAGUGGGUGAGCACUUACCACAGACCUGCUUUGGUGGUGAACUCUAAACCCUUAACCACUAAGAGAGACAAGCAUCCAAUUUAUACUUAAAAAUUACCUUUAAAUCAAACAUUAAGCUCACACGAAUAGAGGAAAUGAUCACCAACUAAAAUUCUUACGCUCUGCUGAUGUUUCCUUUGCACUUGCAGUUACUGGGCAGGACUAUGACAGAAUGGUGGAUGAAAUAAGUGCAAUGGGAUUCGAGAGGGAAAAGGUGAGUCUUAAAAUCAUUUACUGAGUAUACCACUAUGAGUCUAGUCGCAAGGCAUAAAUUUUGAUUAGCCUGUUGGUAUCACAAUUGGGAAUAAUUUCAAAUCUUUUUAUAUCAAUGUGGAGUUCUCAGUGCAUACAGCUGUUUUCAGAAAGGUUGUCAGAAAAAAAGGACAAAAUUGGACCUCAAAAGGUUAUUUGGGUAUCCAGCUAUCAAUAAAUUUCAAUAAGUGAAACAAAUAAAUUCUCCAAACUUGGAUGCCUCGUCCAUACAGUAACGUUUUCUCAGAUUUCUGUGAAAUUUGAGGCAAAGGAAACUUAACCUGAAAAUUACCCACAUUCCUUUCUAGGGUUCUCAUGUGUAUUUUCAUGCUUUCCCCCAACAAACUCUCUUAGAACAGCUGUUUGUAUGGUUCUAUGUGUACUUUGUUGUAGCAUUCAUCAUCCCUUCAUUUAUUUGUUAAUGUUUUUAUUUAUUUGUUUUUCAAUGGCAGGUUAACCGAGCUCUCCGAGCAAGUUUUAACAAUCCAGACAGAGCUGUGGAGUACUUGAUGAGUGUAAGUGUCUUUUUCUGUAGGCAUUUCAUUUUUGUGGCUACUGCCUCCUAAAGGAGGGGAAAUUACAUACGUCAUUGGGAUGAGUUAGUGAGUGUAACAAUAGAAUUCCUAUCUUGACCCAAUUUUGGCCCAAUGUUUCCUGGUGUUACUUAUUGUUUUUUGUUCAACAUUUGCACUUGAUACACAGUUGAGCUCUUUCCUUUGGUGUUUCUGGCCUAUAGACACCAUUACAUUUCCAGUUCUUGAAGUGAACUACAGAAAACAGCAGAAGAUGAUAAACAUCUGACAAUCAUUUCAAGAUUGUACGUGAUUGAAAAAAAAAGUUUGAAAAGAGAGCAUUUUACUCUUUGAAUCAGCAAAUUAUGCCAAAAAGGGGCCAUAGAAUUUGGUAUCUGAAGCUCAUUACCUGUUAAUGUAGUUAUUGAACUGUGACCUAAUUGGUUAUUCUGAGUCUUCAAAUUACAGCAGGGUGUGACAUGUAGCUUUUUUUAUUAGACUGGUACAAUUUUUUUAAAUCUGAAAAUGAUCACACUGCCUACUACAUAAGACUCAAGGGUACAAUUGUUGAAACCAAAAAAAUAAAAUGAGAACAUAAAUGUGGCAGGAAUUAGAGUCUGACAAUUAAAUCCACUUGAAAAAUGAAGUCUGACUUGACCAUCUAUACUAGCAUUUGGAAUCAUGGGUAGCAAGGAAAAAAUUGGAAAUAUUUAGAAAAGAAAAGUGCAAUAAAAGAAUGUUGUGUACCUGUCAAAUUUAUACAAGUCCUUUACUUCGGUGGUGCACCAUUUGAAGUAGAAAGUGCCUGUGUCUGCUAGGUUAACAGAGUGCUUUACUGCAGGUGAACAUCUCUGGCAACAAAAAUUUCAAAUUUGGAGUUCUAUUUGUGGAUAUGUGACUAACUUGUUAGUAGCCAAUGUAUUUAGGUGACCCAUGGACAAAAAAGUUGAGCUUUUUUUUUUAAAUUGGGCAUUAUCUUUUAAGCAUUUACUCAGAGACAAACUUGUUAUUUUUUGAUAAUUUUAGGGUAUACCAGAGAUGCCCCAGUCCCAAGAACAAGACGAACAACAAGGAGAGGGUGGAGACGAUGCACCAGCCUCUGGAGGUAAAGAAUUAUGAUGGUUAUGAUAACGGUAAUAGUAAUGAUGAUGAGUUUGAUAUCAAUAUUAUUCAUGGGGGAGCCCUCUCAUCAAAGAACUCAGCAUGAAUCAUCAGUGCAUGUAUGGGACAGAGUUGGAAAAUAGUUGAGUACUGCAGGUUAUUGAACAAUUUCUCUGCCACUGAUGUAGAGGGAAUGGAUGCAUGUGCAUGUAGGAGUGAGUUGAGCCAUAUACUCUUCAAAUGAUCAAUUAUGUUGAACAUCAAUACCUUUUCCGCACAAAAAGUACUGGUAGCUUGGACUUCCUGUGCUCACUCCCUGAAUUCCGUAUUUUGAGACAAUGGGUUCAGUGACACCCUUAAUAAGUAACAGUUUUACUUCAGCAAAUGGGACAAGCAAACCCCUAUUGUUAUGUUUUCUGUAUAAAAGGUAACCUGGAUUUCCUGCGCUCGCACCCUGCAUUCCUUAGCUUGAGGCAGCAGGUUCAACGAAACCCUCAAUCAUUGACACUUUUACUUCAGCAAAUGGGACAGGAAAACCCACAACUCCUGCAGGUUAGUAGUUGUAUUAGUGUUGUGGGUCAAGACUCUAACCACAACAGGUAAACACCUGCUGUACAUGUGAAAUGGCAAACGGCCAUAAGGUGAACUUCAAUUGUCUUUUCUGUCACAAUACUAUUACAAGCUUUAUAGUUAUCAGUUUUCCUUAGCUAUUCAAAUCACAUAACUUGGUGUUUUAUGAUUUUAAAAAAGGCUUUGUGUUGGAGUAAAGGUUAUAUCAAAAAGUGUUUGAAAUAUAUCUUCCUAUUGUAGCUUAUUAGCCAAAAUCAAGAGGAGUUCAUAGGUAUGUUAAACAGCCCCGAUAUUGGUCCUGCCCCUGGAGUGGGUUCACAGCCACCCCAGCCUGGCUCAGGAGGUGAACAGGACUCAGAAGCACCACCUGCUGAGGCAGGAUACGUUAAUGUUACACCACAAGAAAAAGAAGCCAUUGAGAGGGUAAGAGUUGGGAUUGUUGUAUCUGCCCAUUCUUGCUUCUCUUCUGACCCAAAGUACUUUUAGUUCUUCUAUUCUUUUCUGUCCUCCCUAACCUUAGUUACCCAUGUCCUUCUCUAUCCUCCUUCUCUACGGCUAGACCCUUGUACUUGCACGCGUAGUUUCUUACCCUCUCCUAUCUGUAACUGCCUCUCUACAAUCAUUUUGUCGUUUUGUUUUUGGCCCACCUUUUUCUUUGUUGUUGCUCUGACAGUUCUGUCUCAACCUCCACCAUUCUCUCCCCAGUACUCCCCCUUUGUGCUCUCAUCCUUUUCACUUACAGUCUACAAUAACAGGAACUGUUCUUUUCCUGACUCAACAGCUAAAACAACUUGGAUUUCCAGAAGUUCUAGUUAUCCAAGCCUAUUUUGCUUGUGAAAAGAAUGAGACGUUGGCUGCCAACUUUCUACUAAACCAAGCGGAUGAUUAAACGUAACCAAGACGUUCUUUUCUCCCGAUCUGUUAAAUUACAAAGUCUCUGAUGUUUUGCAUGUCCGAAAAGAACAUUCUAUUAAAAUUGGAAGUUCAUUUUCUCGCAGGUGGACCAUCUUACUGGCCUAACUAAUACUGCUUAUCAUAAUUAUUAUUAUUAGAUAUGGUAAAGCAUACAAUUAUAAUUAUGGUGUUAUUAUUUUAUUAUUUGCGGUUGUUCGACUUGCUAAGUGUUAUAUUGUACCAAACUCUUGUAAUUAGAAUGUAUUCAGUGAUUUUAUUUCAAUGAUGUUCUUCCAGAUGAUUGUGUGGUCAAUCAUCCUGCUCGUCUGAGUCUCAAGAUUCAUAGGCGUUAAAGUGAAUAAACUACUGUAAUUGAUUCUUACAAACUUCCUCGCGAUUAGAUGGGAGUGCAAUUUCUCGAGUCGCUUUGCUAUGGAACAUUGGCCAUGAGCAAAGAGAAAGUUGGCGUGUAUGUCGCUUGUGUUAGAGUCUAAGAUACAUCAUGACAUAAGCAUUUACAAGCUGGGGUGGACACCAAAUUCAGAGUUCGAACUCAGUACAAUUUUGUUGCUUCAGAAUUAAAGAUUUUGUGAUGUUGUAACCAGUUUGAGGAUCUGCAACUGAAUGCAGUUAAGAGACGUUGCCCAGUCACAUUCAUCGUUUCUAGUUUGGAUUAAUAGAGAGCCUGGAAGAGGAAUAUAGGAGCAAGGGCUCAAUAUGCUUUCCUGCCGCUGUGUUCCCUUGGUGGGACGAAAUAUCUGCCCCUCCCCUCGUAUUUCAGCUUCAUUUAUUCAUGGAUGACUAAUACAUCUUUAUUUGUGGUGGAGUACACGUAGUUAUGCUUACCCAAAGGUCUCAUCGUUACUGCCAUAAUUGCUUGGAUUAAAAUGGUUCUUAAGUUUUCCUGUCCGGUGUUCUUUAUCUUUCUCUUAUAGUAUAGUUCGGAUAUAACGCGCGUUAUCAUUGGUUGAAAGAAUGUGCUCUAUCAGUGUACAAAGCGUAGAGCUGAGCUGAAGACGUCACGCCAUCUGCCAAAUUGAACGAUGUCCGACCUUUUUCCGG